GCCUCAUAUGACAUGGGCAGCACUGAAAUCCUUCAAAAAGGAAGCACUGAAAACCUCAGCAAUGGGACCAAUAGUAACGUACAAGCUGCAAAACGCCUGGCCAAACGUCUAUACCAGCUGGAUGGAUUUAAGCGCUCUGAUGUCGCAAAGCACUUAGGAAAAAAACAAUGAAUUUAGCAAGCUUGUGGCAGAAGAAUAUCUUAAAUUUUUUGAUUUCACGGGUAUGACCUUAGAUCAGUCACUCAGGAGCUUCUUUAAAGCCUUCUCACUUGUUGGAGAAACUCAGGAAAGGGAAAGAGUUUUAAUUCACUUCUCUAACCGAUAUUUCCAGUGCAACCCAAACAGCAUGUGUUCUCCAGGUACUGUAUGUCU